GUCUACAAGAGUUGGAAAUCUCCUCUGAUGAAGUCCCGUUAUUCAUAGUCAGUCAAACACGGACUUAGUAUCAAAACUCAGAGAGAUUGCUCUCAAUUAAAAUUCACCAACCCUGUUAUUCAAAUCACUCUCUUAUCUUGGCGAUUCUGGUCUAUGUAUAUCAUUUGAUUUACAUGUUUAUUUUUCUGUACAAACAUUAGUAUGACGUCUGUUUUUUCGUCAAUAUCGUUUGCGUUUAAAAAUCACUAGAAUACUUUGUGUCAUCUUCUUACAUCAUCUAAAACAUGAUGUUGUAGAAGAUACUCCCGAAAAGUGUAUGCAAGCGUUAUGACAUCUAAAUUUUACACUGGGUUUGUCUUAUUAUUGGCGAUGAAUGAAGCAUAACGGCAGUUGUAGUAGUAACAACAACAAUAACAACGAAAAUAGCCGAAGUCUUUAGGCAAUAAGAUUUAAUAUUUCAAUAAUUCCUAUUAAAUAAGCCCGUUCUCCCUCUAUUUAUUAAAUAUUGACGAGAAAAACAAAAACAAAAAACAAAAGCAAAAGCGAAAAACGCCUUCCAAAAAAGGAAAACAAAAGCAAAAAAAAAGGAAAAAAAAACUUUGAGGGGAUUUCAGCAAGAAAUAAAAUUACAAAGAUGACUUGGAUUACAUAAAAAUGUAAAUGCAAAUAUUUAGUGAAAAUUUUUGUUGAAAGUUAUUUAAUAUUAGUUCGGAUUGUUAAUUCAUUAUGAAAUAAGUUACGGAAGAAUAACUUUCGAAAACUAAUUUUUUAAAAUUGAUAAAUAAAUAGAUGAGGUGAGAUGUAGUUAUGAAAGUACACACACACACACUCACACACGUAAGAACACAUAAAAACACAUCCAUACCCACAGAAAGAGGAAAUGAAAGUGGAAGGAAAUUAGGAAGAAAAGAACGAAAGAAAAGGAGACAAUAAAACGAUUCACCCAUUCUCGCACAAGUGUUGAUAUUGAAAUGUUAUUAAGGAAGAAAAGUUGGAAGAUUAUAACAACCCAAAUCAUCAUCCAGUGACGAAACAAGUAAAGAUUGACCUCCACUUAUGGUUUAUCGCUCGCCGUAUCGUGAAGUAGUACAAGAUUUUAAUUGGAGAACAGAAGAUAUGGCCCUGUCUCAAACGCUUAAAUUUUGGAGAACGAUAACUUAUGUCUUGAUCGCAGUUAGUUUGUCGUUAUUAAUUGCAGUGAUUGUAAUCAGCAGUGAAAGAAACUGUUACAUGGGUGAAGAGAAACCAGCUGAGCCCGUGAUAGAGACAGCUGAGUGGUACAAUGAACUGCUGCCAAAUGAAAUAGAGUUGGUCGUGAAGUUCUUGGAGGAGAGAAGUAAUCUCUCGAUUGUCACUGCAAAGAAAGCUCUUCUCAGUGAUUCGUUUAUUCAUUUUAUCGAGCUGAAAAUGCCAGAGAAAAAAAAUAUUUUACGCUAUCUUAAUGAAAAAACAUAUUUACCAAACCGUGAAGCUAAGGCCGUAAUAUUUCGAGGAAAUAAACCUAUUCCUUGUGUUGAGGAAUAUGUUAUAGGACCUCUUUCGAAUAUUACUUACAUGCAUAAAAUUCGGACCAUCCCAUUUUAUCAACGGCCAAUAACUGUCAUGGAGAUGAAGAACCUGAAGUUUUAUAUUAUAAAAAAGGUUGAAGAUAAAACCAGGGAUUUCUUAUUGAAAGAGUAUGAUGCCCUUCCAAUAAGUUGCAUAGCACAUUGUUUGCAAUUUUACCUGUCCCCUGUACCCGAAGCUCUCGGUAAAUCUAAACGUCGUUUACUCUGGUUAGGGUUUUCUUAUAAAGCUAUCUACGAUAUUUCACCUGUAAACUUUCAGUUUGAGGCUGACAUAACUAGUCCAACUCCAUCUGACUGGACUGUCGGUAAAGUUUGGUUUGACAAUAAAAUGUAUAAUAGUCUUACGCAUCUCAUACAGGAUUAUGAUAAAACUUCCAACGAAAACACGACUAGAUUUUACCAAAGAACUGUCUUCCAAGAAAAACCUUUCAGUGAUUUCCACAAAUAUGAGCAAAAGGAAGAAUCAUCGGGUGGAAGCGAUUCAAAGAAGUCAUACACAAUAUUAAAACAAUCAACUAUUCAUUAUUUAAAUUGGAAAUUUCAUUUUCAUAUAACUCCGUCUGUUGGCUUACGUAUUCUUAACAUUCGUUAUUGGAACGAACAAAUUGUUUACGAAAUGAGUCUCCAAGAAAUUGCUGUUUUAUAUUCAGGAUUUAGUCCAGCAGGAAUAAUGCUAAAUUUUAUUGAUGGUACAGCCUUAUUUGGUACAAGAAGCAAAGGUCUUAUCGCUGGUGUUGAUUGUCCAAAUCACGCAACCUUUUUGUCUCCUUACAUCUAUUCCUCCAAUGAUGGUGGGAUGAAGAAAAUGGAAAACGCAUUGUGUGUUUUUGACCAGUCUACAACGGUUCCUCUUAGUCGGCAUAAAUUUAACACAAUGCAUGGAACUUUUUUUGACGCUUUGCUCGACAAAAUUCUUGUUCUAAGAACUGUUGUGACAUUUCUUUCGUACGACUACAUUAUAGAUUAUUUAUUCCAUAAAAAUGGUGCCAUUGAAGUCCAGAUACAUUCUACAGGUAAGCUUUUGGUAACUUCCUACAGCCCGAAUAAAAGUCCAUAUGGGGUACAAAUAAGCAAAACCACCAUUGCUAAUAUACAUAAUCAUUUGUUUCACUACAAAGUUGACUUAGACGUGAAAGGAACAGAAAAUCGAUUUGAAACUUGGAAUUUACAACAGUAUCGAACACAUGUUCCUUGGGAUGGAUUGAUCAAAAAUAAUUAUCACAUUCAGAAACGUUUAACUCGUGUUUUAAUUGAAACAGAGACUAAAGCAACGUUUGAUUAUGAAUCAUCGAGUCCGAAAUAUCUGUUGUUUUAUAACAAACUGUUUAACAACGAAUUUGGAAAUCCACGUAGUUAUCGAGUUAUAAUUAACGAUGUAUCGAAUCUAUUAUCGCCACAUGAUUACGGAUUUUCAAGGACCGUCAGUUGGGCCUACCACCACAUGAGUGUAACAUCAAGGAAGGAAACUGAAGAGAGAAGUUCUUCAAUAUAUGCCCUGUGGGAUAAUGGUGACCAAGUGGUGAACUUUGCCAACUUCUCAGACGGAGAAUCCAUUUGUGAUGAGGAUUUAGUGGCCUGGAUAACUCUUGGGUUUCAACAUAUUCCUCAACUGGAAAAUAUUCCAAGCACGAACACUUUGGGAACAAAAGUCUCUUUUCUCUUGAUGCCAUUUAACUAUUUCGACAAAGACCCUUUGGCAAGCGAGGAGGAUAGAUACUUCUUUCCAGUUGAUGACUGAUGCACACGAUAGCACACACGCACACACACACACACACACACACACACACACACACACACACACACACACACAAUGUAUAAAUAUGCAUGUAGAUGUGUGUAUGUACAUAUAUACGUGUGUGUGUGUGUGUGUGUGUGUGUGCCCGUCUAAAUAUGAAACUAUACGCAGACACACACACACACACACGCACACACACAAACACACACACACAAACACACUCACAAGCAGACACACAUGCUCGCACGCAUCCACAUACGCACACACACAUGCACACAUACACAUACAUGCACGCGCAGUUAUGCAUGCACACAGUCCAACACGCGUACAUGCAUAUAUACCCCUGCACACAUAAACACGCACAUAUAUUAUAGAUACAUACAUAUAUAGGUAUACCUACAGAUAUAUGUAUAGAUAUGUAUGUAUACAUGUGUAUACACACACACACAGACACACAUAUUUAUAUCUUUAUACAUACACACAUGAAUGAUUUUACCAAGGGGUCAGCGCGGAAAUAAAAACCAUACAGGUAAAUUUUACUAAUAUUAUAAUAAUUAUAAUAAUUAUUUAGAUAAUUAUGUAAAUAAUUAUUAUAAUAUAUAUACAUAUACAUACAUAUCUAUAUACAUACAUGCAUAUACAUAUAUACUUACAUACAUACAUACAUACAUACAUACACACACACACACACACACACACGCACACACACACACACACACACACACACA